ACUUACCCACUCCAAGAGCAUUGACAAAAAGAGGAAAGCAUCACUUCCUUGCUCUACCCUAAUAUCCCAGAAAAGCAUCUCUUAACUGCUUUACUGUAACUCCAACCUCAAGUGAAGUACUUUGUUCAUCAGCAUCAUCAGCCAUGGCCUUCAGAGCACUGAACCAUUGGAGAUCUCUGUACCGAUCAGUCAUGACUAGAACGACCACCCCAAAGCGAAAAUCAUUUGCGACGUCCACGGUGGAUUCCGGCGAAGCUGGAAGGGAGAAAACGAAGGGUCUGAAAGGGGACUAUGUGCCAGUUUAUGUGGUGUUAGGGUUGAUAGGGGUGUCGGUGUCGUUGGGUUUAUACACGGUGAUGCAUCAGCUGAAGCAUUCGCCGAACGUUGUGGUGAGUAAGAAGAAGAGGGAGAGUUUGCCGGAGUUGGGAGAUAUGGAGGAUGCUGAUAAGUUUGUUAAGAAGUCUUUCUUCAGGAAGGUGGCUCACAUCCAGGAGUCGGAUCAUCGGGAGCAAUCUGUACCCGAUCCGAUCCGGGGGGACACAUUUGCCCAUCCUGGCAAAGCGGAGUCUUUGAAGAAUGUUGGGGCAGAAGCUAGCCGUCACUAAUUCCUGUUAUUUGCUUUUUGGGUACCAUCACUAGUAUGGCUGCCUCGAUCCUUUGUACUGUUAUUUUGUUGUUACUCGUAUGGAUGUAUAUUUUUCAAUAAGUUAACAGAAAUGGACAAUACAAUAGUCAGUUGGAUAACAUGAUCCGGCUCCCCUCUCAAUAGAGCCCUGGCCCAGGGACUAGAGAUUGAUUAGCCAAGAGGAUUUUGGCAUGCGUCUCGAGGUUUUGUGGACCGAUUUCAUCCGUAUGGUUCUUAGUGUUGCAACUGUACUUGGUUGGGAUCUUCGACAGUUAAAACCUUUAAAAAGCCUUCUUUUAUAGCUA